UAAUCACGUGUUAUUUUAUUUGCAGGUCCGUGACCUUGUUGAACGAUGUUCGUGUCCGUCGCAGUUCCCCAUGGUGAAGGUGUCUGAGGGCAAGUACCGCAUCGGUGACACCCGUGUACUCAUCUUCGUCAGGAUCUUGAGGAACCACGUCAUGGUACGAGUUGGUGGCGGCUGGGACACACUGGAACACUACCUGGAUAAACACGACCCCUGCAGGUGUCGUCAAGGUCAUCGGAUUGCGGUUGGAUCGCGAGUAGGCUUCAAGACUUCCAGCAGUGGUCAGGAACGUCAACUGAUGAAUGUUACAUAUGACAGAUUUCAAAUGGAAAGUACAGUGGUCCCUCAGAUAUCAGCCAUUCUGGGUAUUGGCCAAGCUGGAUAUCAGCCACUUUUUUGGCUGAAAUUCUAUCCUGGAUUUCAGCCGGCAGCUCGGAAUUUGGUCGUAUUGGACAUGUCUGCCCGUCGCAUGCGUGAGGGAAUCUGGCUGUGUCUCGAUUUAGGCCGACCUUUUGAAACGGAUUAUGGCCGAUAA